UCCAGCUCGCCAAUUGCAAGUGAGCAACGGAGAAGGAUGCCUUGGCCGGGCGACUAUUAAUAUGGAAGGCCACGGCCAGGACCAGGAGCUCCGUCUUCUGCCUGGCUUGCUCACCCACCUGAGUGUGCAAGGCCGCCCGAGUGUGCCAACCAGGCUGGAGUGGGGUUUUUGGGGUGCUUGGAAGGAGAGACCAAACACGGGCACCGUCGUCGUCUUGCAUUGCAUCCAUCAUCUCUAAAGUUGCAGCGUAGAAAGUCCACCGGCCGCGAUGUCCAGAAAUGGGUACUUCUUUGAAGAAACAGGUUACCUGAAGUGCGAUACGGACGAUGGCUGUGACAACAAAGAGGAGGUGGGAGGCGAAGAACUCUUUGACACGGUCAACUCCUCCAUCGUGUCGGGCGAGAGCAUCCGGUUCUUCGUGAACGUCAACUUGGACGUUCAACAGAACGUCGCAGCAGAAAGCGACGGCUCUGGGUGCGUUUUAUUGCACACAUCGAGAAAAUACCUAAAAUUAAAGAAUUUUGAAGAGGAGGUCAGAGCCCACCGCGAUCUGGACGGCUUCCUGGCCAGAGCGAGCAUCAUUCUGGACGAGACGGCCACGUCACUGGACGACGUUUUGCGGGAGAUGUUAAAACACUUUGCCGAAGACUCCGACAACUCAGAGCCGAGCUGCAACUUUGACAAAAUUAUGAGCACUUUAUUCACCGAUUCGGGGACCCCCAGAGAGGGGAAUGUUCACCUUUUAUCGGACACAAUUCAGGGGGUGACCGCCACAGUCACCGGGAUCCAGUAUCAGCAGUCGUGGCUCUGUAUCAUUUGCACUAUAAAAUCCCUCCAGCGCCGUCACGUUUGUAUCAGCCGCCUUGAAAGACCCCAGAACUGGGGGGAGAAUUCCUGUGAAGUGAGAUUCGUGAUUUUGGUGCUCGCGCCUCCAAAAAUGAAAAGUACCAAAACAGCCACCGAAGUGGGCCGGACAUUUGCCACCAUGUUUUCGGACAUCACCUUCCGGCAGAAACUUUUGGAAACCAAAACUGAAGAAGAAUUCAAAGAAGCUUUGGUCCACCAACGACACCUGCUGAUGGUGGUCAACCAGAGGCCCUCGGCCAUGACCGAGGACCACAAAGCCCAUGGUCCCAAGCCUCUGAAGCUGCACGAUUUCUUCAAUGUUGGCAAAGGGAUUUUUGAUGACAUUGCUAGAAGGCUUCCAGUGUACGCUCUGGACUUCACUGACGGCAUUAUUGGCAACAACAAAGCGAUAGGGAAAUACAUCACCACCAUGAUCUUCCUCUAUUUUGCCUGCCUCCUACCAACCAUUGCUUUCGGGUCCCUGAAUGACGAGAACACCGAGGGGGUCAUAGAUGUGCAAAAGUCAAUUGUGGGCCAGUGCAUCGGUGGCCUGCUUUACGCGCUCUUCGCCGGCCAGCCACUAGUGGUGCUUUUAACUACGGCUCCUUUGGCACUGUAUAUCAACGUGAUCAAAGGAAUCUGUUACGACUACAAUUUAGAUUUCCGCGCGUUUUACGCAUGGGUCGGUCUCUGGAACAGCUUUUUCCUCGUACUGUACUCUCUCUUCAACUUCAGCCUUGUAAUGAAGCUCUUUAAAAGGUCCACCGAGGAAAUCAUUGCCCUUUUUAUUUCCAUCACCUUCGUCCUCGAUGCCCUUAAAGGAAUCACAAAAGUUUUCACCAACUACUACCACGGCCCAAGACCGCAAACAUUGUCCAUCAACAACACCACCCUCUUGCUGAACAUCUCGACAGAACGUCCCUCGAUGGGAAAUGAGAGCGACAGUCCUUCGGACACCGCGCACGAGGGUCGAGAAACUGCCGUCCUGAGUCUGAUGCUCAUGCUGGGCACCUUGUGGCUUGGGCACACACUCUAUCAGUUCAAGAAAAGCCCAUACCUCCAUCCCCGCGUCCGCGAAAUCCUGUCGGAUUGUGCGCUGCCGAUUUCCGUCCUCACCUUCUCCGUGAUCGGAUCCCACUUCUUCGCGGAAAUAAAAAUGUCCAAAUUUAACUACAAUCAGUCGGAGAGCUUGUUCGUCCUGGCGCCCUUGAAAGAUCUCCACCUGGGCUCGGUCAUGAGCGCGAUGGGUCUGGGCUUCUUGCUGUCCAUGCUCUUCUUCAUCGAGCAAAACAUCGUGGCCUCGCUCACCAAUGCACCUGAGAACAGGUUGGUGAAGGGAACAGCCUAUCACUGGGACCUGCUCCUGGUAGCGCUGAUCAACACGGGCCUGUCCGUCUUCGGAUUACCCUGGAUCCACGCUGCCUUUCCUCACUCGCCGAUGCACGUCCGGGCCCUGGCUUACGUCGAGGAAAGGGUUGAGAACGGACACAUCUACGAGACGAUUGUGAGUGUGAAGGAGACCCGGCUGACCACGUUGGUGGCCAACUCUUUGGUGGGCCUGUCGCUCCUGCUGCUUCCUUUCCCCCUCCAGCUGAUCCCGAAGCCGGUCCUCUACGGACUCUUCCUCUACAUCGCCUUCACCUCCAUCGAUGGGAACCAGCUCUUUGAGAGGGUGGCUCUCUUGCUCAAGGAGCAGACGGCCUAUCCUCCCACCCAUUACAUCCGCCGGGUGCCCCAGAGGAAGAUCCACUAUUUCACCGGCCUGCAGGUGCUCCAGCUCCUCAUUCUCUGCAGCUUCGGGAUGUCCCCUCUGCCCUACAUGAAGAUGAUUUUCCCGCUCAUUAUGAUCGGAAUGAUCCCGAUCAGAUACAACUUGCUCCCCAGGAUCAUCGAAGCGAAAUAUUUGGAUGCCAUGGACGCCGAACACUAACCCCGAUGAUCUCUGUCCUUGCGGUAGUCCGUCGCUCGUUUUGGUCUUCUGGAAUGGAAAGGGGAGCUGCUGACCGACCAGGAGUUGCUCGUUUGGAUGUCGGUCCAUUUCUGCACCUCCUUGGCCGCCUUUCAUUUUGAACUGCACUACAACUACGACCCAAAGUACUGACGCCACUGACCGAUCAAUUGCCCCCUCCCCUGUUUCAGGGUAUGAGGUGGGAGGGGGGGAGAAGAGGCCAGCGAGACCCUCUCCCUUCUUUUAUAUAGACGGAUACGCUCCGGAUCCCUCCUCAAAUGCCCUUUUCCGUUGGACAUGAAUUCUAUGCAACUGGGAGCUUUGUGGUUUAACUUCUUGGUGCCCUAAAUUCGGGUCGUCUUCUGGACGAGAUGCACUCCCGGUGGAUCUCCGGAGCAAGGAGGUCGCUGGAGACGCCCAGGUGACCUCUCUGUGGGAUUUUUUUCCCGGCCUCUCUCUUCCACCAAGGGGGCGUCUCCGCACCACGGCGAGAUUAUCUUGGAAGCUGCUUCUCGUCGGCCAUCGUCUGACUUGGCCCGGCGUCUUUUCCCGAGCAGCCUCGCCCUCCGACGUGCAUCACGACUUGAGCCUUUCUUUCUCCCGGCCCGUAGUCCAGGACUAGAUCCUGUGUACAUAAUUAUACAUAGCGGAAUCUUAAAAAUUUUCUGUAUAUAUUUUGCAUAUAAAUAACCGUAUCCUGGGGGGUUUUCGAUGCCUUUUCCUUUCCAGAGGACUGAGGAAUUUUUGUGCAAUCAGUGUUAACUCGUACUGUAAACGCCCCCUUGCCCUCGUUCAUUUAUUUCCUUCCCCCGUUUUUUUCUCUCUUCUUAUUCUUAACAGCCUGCUGUUUUGUGUUUGGUUUUUCCUUGUUUACAUGGAUUGCCCACCUGAAUAUUUACUUUUGGGGGGGGGGUUGGUUCUGGCCUUUAAAGUCCCAUCUCUGGAUCGCUGCCGGCGUUGGGGGCUGUGGGGUUUGGGGGUGUUUUAUGGGUUUUUGGGGGGGCAGCCUUUCGCAGCUUGGUGCCUUUCCAGUAGGCUGGUAGGGUGGGGGUUGAUUCCCAUCGUCCACAUUUAGCCCAGGAGAAUGGGACCUUGAACCCAAGGCCGUCCAGAGAAGAGUCACCAAAGGAACUAAUCUCGUUGCUUUUUCUUUUUUGGGGGGGGGAUUUCUAUCGUGGGGUUUCUUCCCUGUUCUUUUUUUUUCCCCUCCCCACGAAAAUUGUAUUUCUGGAAUGAUGUUCAAGUUUGUAAUUUUCUCCGGAUUAUCACUUGUUCAUGCAUUGGGCUGUUUUGUCCUCUUUCAGCCCUCCUCCUGAGUCCCGCAAAAGACGAAAAGGAAAGAAAAAGAAAGAAAACACGUGUUAUAUUUGA